AUGGUUAGAAGUUUGAUCACAUUGGAUGAAAUCGUCAAUGACAUCACCCGAUCUAAGCCUAAUGAAGUAACCUUGAUACCUCCGGCUUUUAACGACUCACAUGACUUGGCGACCCGCGUGACUUUGACAUAUCCACUUCUUGCUCGAGCAAUUCGGUUACGAGAGAGAAUUAACACCUUGGUGGUUUACGAUAUCUUCAUCAUUGUCGGCAUGGCUCAAAUCUAUCGAACGGCCAUAGUCACCUAUUAUGAUAUUCAAGACUUAAGAGUUGCAGAU